AUGAAAGCAUUAAACCGUUUAUUUGGGAUAAUCUUCACAGCAUUAAUUCUCAUCUUUGCUAUAUUUCAUCUCGCUGUUGGCAUUAGCAUUAUUGUCAAAGUACGCCAUUACGGAGAUGUUUUCAAGCCUGAACGAGGUAUUGCUGCUUUCAACAUUGUUAUCAGUAUAUACGGACUUAUUGUUGGUGGGUUCGGUUUGUUUGCACAAUUGACUGGCCGAGUAGCAUUAAGUAAAGUAGUCGCAUUUGGCAGCGUUGCAUUAGCAUUCUUCGCACUUGUUUCAUUAAUAACUUCAUUGAUUAUCAAUUCGUUAGCGAUUAACUAUGCUACCUCACAUUUCAAUAGUCGUAUGACUGAUUAUAAAAAUACUCAAAGUUCGAGGGACAUCGUUGACUCAAUUCAAGUUAACUACGAUUGUUGCGGUUCGAAUACCUGGUUAGAUUGGUCGGCAGUUGGUCUCAAUGCAACUGCAUCUACUACAAAUAAUACUGUAACAACACAAAUAGCGUCCAACUCUACGACAACUAUCACUAGUGGAGCAGAUAAUACCACUGUAUUUUCAACGACAUCGGCAAUCACAACUUCGACAACAACAGCGUCAUCAGGUAUUGGUGAAACUACUACUACAUCGAGUGGUUUAGUAACAUCAGGUUCUGAAACUAGCACUACUACAGAUUUUUUAAGCGGAAAAAUGGCAGAAGCCAAUGAUCAGGCUGUUGUUCGAAGAAAACGACAGGCACAAUCUACGUACGGUGGUAUAGUUGGUUUACCAUUAUCAUUUAAUGUUACAUUACCACAAUCUUGUUGUACAAACAAUUUAGGAUCAACAGAGAAUUUAGCUAAUCUGUAUUGUAUAUCAAACGCGAACAAUGUCUCCAACAAUAUGCAUACCGAUGGAUGUGCGAAAAAAAUCGGCAAAUUUGCUGUUAGUCAAACGCUUGGUCUUGUAGUCAUCAAUAGUUUUCUGGUCGUUCUUUCUCUCGCCGUUAUUCCAUUACUUCUUCACAAAGACGACUCUCCAGAUUAUUCACAAAGUAUGCCAAUCAAUGCGCAAAUCGCACAAUAUCAACAAUAUACCAAUGAUCCAUACCAAUACAAUUCCGCUCACUAUCCUUUCGAUCCAUCGUACAAUAAUUCCUUUCAACCGACGAUGACAUACAGUUAA